UUCUUCUUCUUCUUCUUACACUUUCAUCUUGUCCUUGCGAGUGUGGUAUGUUAGAUCUGGGAAACAUGUCUAUGUCUGCAUCCGUCGCUCUCACUUGUUGCCCUGCUUUUCUUCCGGCGGCUUCAGGACCUGAAUUAGCCAAAUCUAUCGAUUCACCGGGAAACCUGGCCGGAGACUGCGAUGGGGAACAAUUACCGGUGAUUCCUCCGGAAGAAGUGGUCAGAGACGUUAAGAUUGCUAAUGGAGUCACUGCUCUAAUCAGGAAACAGGCCCCGUCUGACCGAGUCAAGAAAGGGUUGAUCCUGGAAGAUCAUGUGAGAAAUUGGGUCAACAGAAGAGUGGCUUCUGGAGUUUCGGAGUCGACAUGUUUCCUCCCUUUUCUUGUUGGAGCCAAGAAAACGGUUGAUUGUCUUGUUUGCCAUAAGCCUGUGUAUCCGGGAGAACAAUUAUUAUGUUCUGUUCGUGGCUGUGAAGGCGCUUAUCACUUGCUCUGUGCAAAAGGAAGUCUUGGUCUUUCAAAUUCAAGCAAAUUUAGGUGCCCUCAACAUGAGUGCUUUGUCUGCAAGAAAAAAACACAAUGGCGGUGUGUCAAGUGUCCAAUGGCUGCUCAUGAUAAACAUUCUCCCUGGCCCAAAGAAACACUUCACCUGAAAGACCAACCAGGAAGAGCACUUUGUUGGAGGCAUCCAACUGAUUGGCGGCUAGACACAAAGCAUGCAGUUGCGCAGAGUGAGAUGGAGGUUUUUUGCCAGUUGCCUUUGCCAUAUGUUGAAGAGGAGUUUAAGAUUGACUUCACAUGGAAGGAUUCUGUUGUGAAAGAUGAUCCCCCUCCUUAUGUGCACAUUAGACGGAAUAUUUACUUCGUGAAAAAGAAGCGUGAUGAUGCUAACGAUGGUGUCGGGUGCACAAAUUGUGGCCCUACUUGCUGUAGAAGCUGUGUUUGCAGGUUCCAAUGUGUAAGCUGUUCAAAAGGAUGUGGAUGUCCUGAAACUUGUGGAAACAGACCAUUCCGCAAAGAGAAAAAGAUGAAACUUGUUAAGACUGAACACUGUGGUUGGGGAGUAGAGGCAGCAGAAUCAAUCAACAAAGAGGACUUUAUUGUCGAAUACAUUGGUGAAGUGAUUAGUGAUGCUCAAUGUGAGCAAAGGCUUUGGGAUAUGAAAAACAAAGGCAUUAAAGAGUUUUACAUGUGUGAGAUUCAUAAAGACUUCACGAUUGAUGCCACCUUCAAAGGGAACACCUCUCGGUUUCUGAACCACAGCUGCAACCCCAAUUGUGUAUUGGAAAAGUGGCAAGUUGAAGGUGAGAUCCGUGUAGGUGUCUUUGCAGCUCGUCAGAUAGAAGCAGGAGAGCCACUUACAUAUGACUACAGAUUUGUGCAGUUUGGGCCUGAAGUUAAGUGUAAUUGUGGGUCUGAAAAGUGUCAAGGUUAUCUGGGGACAAAGAGGAAAGAACCAAACCGUUUGAUUGUGUCUUGGGGAGCUAAACGCAGAAGAGUGUCUCCCCGACGUAAAGCCCGUAAAUUGGUGCAAGAUUAGCUGCAAAUAUCUGUAAAAUAAAUGUGCUUUAGUUUCUUUAUUGUAGUAAUUUCUGUGGAGUUAUCUUUACGGACACACAAGACUUUAAUGAGGGAAAUAAAGAACUGAUUCUUUA